AUGCAAGAUGAUGAUACAAUUGUUGAGGAUUUAUCAGAUGUAGAGGUAGACCUAGGUUUUGUAGGAAUUCCAGGGGAAGGAAUUUGGUAUGAAGCGCUCGACCCUGGUGCAGAAUCUGAUGGAGCCAACUCGUGGCACUCAGAGGAGAUGAAAACUCCUCCUAACUCUGAGGAUGAGCUGGAAUCCGAUGGGGAUUCAGAUGAAUUUCCCAUCCUCCAAGGGGGCCAGAGGUUUGGUGAGCUGAGACUUCAAGUAGGCAUAAAGUUCAAUACCAAACAAGAAUUCAGCGAUGCUAUGCGAGAGUUUACCAUACAGGAGGGUAGGGGGAUUAAGUUCAUUAAGAAUGAUAAUAUCAGGUGUAAGGCAGUUUGCCAAGUGGAAGAGUGCUCAUGGGUUGUGUAUGCUUCAAGAGAUCAUGAAGACUGUUGCUGGCAGAUCAAGACAUUUUAUGAUGAUCAUAUAUGUCCAAGAGAAAAUUCAAAUAGGGCUGCAAACAGAGCAUGGUUGGCUAGUAAGUUAGUUAAAAAGGUUAGAAAGUAUCCUAAUUUCAUGCAAUGUGAGGCUGCAGUGUACUUUAGGUCAAAAUGUGAUCUGAUUCUGCAUAGAAAUUCAUUAGCUAGAGCCUUGGCCGAUGUAAGGAAUAUUGUGUAUGGCGAUGAGAAGGCACAGUAUGCCUUGUUAAGGGAUUAUGUUGAAACGCUUCUGAAAACCAAUCCCAGAUCCACUGUGAAGAUUGGGGUGAUUCUAUUGCCUGAUGGACAAGUCAUGUUUGAGAAAAUGGUGCCGGCCAUUAAUUGGACUCGAUGGUGCAUUUCUAAAGACAUAGAUUGGAGGCCGAUAUUAUCAGCUGUAGCCCAAGAUACAAAUCAUCACAUAUAUGUGAUUGCUUGGGCUAUAGUCAAUGUUGAAAACAAGGAGAACUGGAAGUGGUUUCUUGAGCUACUCCACGAUGAUUUAGGAGACUAUAAGGCUAACAAAUGGUGUUUCAUUUUUGACAUGCAGAAGGGAUUGAUUUCUGCGGUAGAAGAGGUCAUGCCACAGGUCCAUCAUCGUUUCUGUGUAUGGCACCUAUGGCGAAAUUUCAACAAACAUUGGAAGGAUCUUGAGCUGAGGAGAUUCCUCUUGGAUACUGUUAGGUCAACCACAUUUCAAGACUUUAUUGAUAACAUGGACAAAAUAAAGAGGGUCAGUGAGGAGGCAUGGACAUACCUGAACAAGUAG